GAUGGUGUGCUAGACAUAUAGAAGCUAACUGGAGUAAGAACUGGAGGGGUGUACUAAUGAAAAAAUUAAUGUGGUGGUGUGCUUGGAGCACUUAUGGAGAAGAGUUCAAUGACCAAUUGACAAUUUUAGGGACUGUUUCUGAAAUGGCUACCAAAGAACUAAUAGGCUACCCACCCCAAAAAUGGUGUAGAGCUUAUUUUGACACCAAAUGCAAGAAUCAAAUGGUUGACAACAACUUUACAGAAUCAUUCAAUAAAUGGAUUUUAGAGGCAAGACACAAACCAAUUAUCAAGAUGUUGGAAGAGAUAAGAGUCAAGGUAAUGAAAUUACUGAAAGAUCGUGAGGAGGAAUGUAGGAAUUGGAGAGAUGAAAUCAGUCCAUAUGCCAAGGAUUUGCUGACUGAUUACAGAGAAAUAGCACAAGGGUGUGAAAUUCAUUUUAAUGGAGACUUUGGAUAUGAAGUGCAUGAAGGUGAAGACAAGCAUACCGUCAAUCUUCAAUUAAAGAGGUGCACAUGCAGGGUAUGGGAUUUGACAGGAAUACCAUGUUCCCAUUCCAUCAAAGCUCUGAUUUACCAGAAAAAAAAUCCGAUGAGCGAGGUGCAUUGGUGGUAUUCAAAGGAAGCUUACAUGUUAGUUUAUAUGCAUAAACUACAACCAGUUAGAGGUGAAAAAUUCUGGAAAGUGAAACCAGAACAUGCAAUGGAACCACCAGAAAUACAUAAAAUGGUUGGUAGACCAAAGUUGAAAAGAAAGAGAGAGAAGGACGAGGCAAGGAAGAGAGAGGGGGCUUGGUCAUCUUCAAGAAAAGGACUUUUAAUGACAUGUGGAUAUUGUUGUAACAGAGGUCACAACAUCAGAACUUGUCCUUUGGUGAACGAGAAGAUAAAGAAUAUGGGUGAAGGAUCUUCCCAUAAAGUGCAAGAUGUGACCUUAACAACAGUACACGAAAGUCAAACUUCUGAACAAGAACAACAAUUUGCUCAACAUUCAACCAUUGGUGAUGAUGAAUGGGAAGGUGAAGAGGAAGAUGAAGAUGAAGACGGCCAACCAAUUUUGAGGCCGAAGGUGGUAUCUGAAGAAAGGACUAGGCUUCAACAAAAAAAAUUACAACGAAGACCAACUGGUACUAGAAAAAUUAGCUUCAAGGGAGAUGAAUUUGGUGUCGUGGAGCCUACCAAUCUGCCUUAUUCACCAAAGAAAGUUACCUGGAAAGGCAAGGCAGCAAUGACCUCAAACCAGUUGGUUGCAAGAAGAAAGGAAAAAAAAAGUUAG